UGCCAAACUCUCUCUCUCUCUCUCUCUCUCUAGAGUUCAAAGCUUGGGGCGGCCAUUUGAAGACACAACUCCUUCUCCUGCUGGCAUUUAAAGACCCAACUCGUCCUCCUCUUUCUUCUACUCUCGUUUUAAAAGCUCAUACCUUCUCCUUCUCACACCUCACCCGUCACCCUUCUCUCUCUCUACUCUCUCUAAAUCUGCAGAGAAAAUGGGUGAUUUGAGGUCUAAGUUCUUGGGGGUUUACUCUGUUUUGAAAUCUGAGCUUCUCAAUGAUCCGGCUUUUGAAUUCACGGACGUUUCUCGUCAAUGGAUCGAACGGAUGCUGGACUACACUGUGCCAGGAGGAAAGUUGAAUCGAGGUUUAUCUGUUGUUGACAGCUUAAAAUUACUUAAGGAUGGAAAGGACCUAACGGAUGAUGAAUUUUUUCAUUCAUCCGCACUUGGAUGGUGUAUUGAAUGGCUUCAAGCAUAUUUUCUUGUUCUUGAUGAUAUCAUGGAUGGCUCUCAUACACGUAGGGGUCAGCUGUGCUGGUUCAGACUACCAAAGAUUGGCAUGAUUGCUGUGAAUGAUGGCAUACUACUUCGCAACCAUAUCCCACGAAUUCUCAAAAAGCACUUUAGGGGAAAGCCCUACUAUGUGGAUCUGCUGGAUUUAUUUAAUGAGGUGGAGUUUCAAACAGCUCAUGGACAAUUGAUAGAUUUAAUUACCACUCAUGAAGGAGAAAAAGAUCUAUCAAAGUACUCAUUGUCGCUUCACCGCCGCAUUGUUCAGUACAAGACCGCUUAUUACUCUUUUUACCUUCCAGUAGCAUGCGCGUUGCUAAUGGCAGGCGAAGAUCUUGAACACCAUACUGAUGUGAAGACUAUUCUUAUUGAAAUGGGAACUUAUUUUCAAGUACAGGAUGAUUAUUUGGAUUGUUUUGGUGAUCCCGAAGUGAUAGGAAAGGUUGGGACUGAUAUUCAAGACUUCAAGUGCUCUUGGUUGGUUGUGAAAGCUUUAGAAAUUGCUAGUGAGGAACAAAAGAAACUAUUACACGAGAAUUAUGGGAAAGAUGACGAAACAUGUAUUGCAAAAGUAAAAGAACUAUACAAAGUCCUUGAGCUUGAGGGUGUAUUUCUGGAGUAUGAGAGCAGCAGUUGCCAGAAACUUACAAAAUUGAUUGAAUCUCAUUCAAGUAAAGCAGUACAGGCAGUGCUGAAAUCAUUCUUGGCAAAGAUAUACAAGAGGCAGAAGUAAGCAAAGAAGGAAGCAGAUACCGAAUGCUUAGCAACGGCAAUGUUACUGCCUCAUUUUCUAAUAAUUGACUACGACAAAGGACAUAAGAAAAAGCAAAACACGUUUGUAUCCCUUCUCUUCUGGUUUUCCUGCUUCGGAUUUCCUGUGAAAAACUCCCCUGCUGAAUAUGUUAGGCCAAACUAUGUUAAUUUUGGUGACUUUCAUUAAUUGUAUUUUUAUGUUGUAAGAUUUCGGCGUUUUGGCCUUGGAGAAAUUAGACUCAUAAGUUAAUUUA